AACUCCGUGGGCCGCUGGCCGCGCUCUCUCCCUCCCCCUCCGUCCGCUUUCUCACGUAGUGCAACAAACACCUGUGGCUCCCUGCGUCUACCUGUGGCUCCUCUGUGUGAAAUCCGACUCCGCGUCAAAUCGUCGCCGGAAUCCCCACCCUACGCCCAAUGUCUCGUCGGCGAGAGCCCUCUCUGACGGCGUCGUUCUCGGCCGCUUCCACAGUGCCGUGUCGUUGACGCGCGGCGUGCCAGCGCGGAGGCUCGCCAUGGAGUACGCAGGAUAUGCUCGGAAUCCGAGCCACCGCCGGCGAGUACGGCAGAUCGCUGGCCGAUCCGUGGGUGUCCCGUGUGGCUGGUGUCCCGACGCGAGCCAUCAUUGAUGCUCGUGAAGCAUGGCGGUGAUGAACUCUGCCGGCUGCUGCGAACUGUUCGCCGCCGGCGUCUGUAUCGGAGUUUACACCAUGAUGGUGUACCUCGGCGCCUUCAUCAUGGAGCUCUGGUGGAUCAUCGAGUACAACAUCCAGCUGCCCGUGCCCGCCUAUGUGCUGGCGGCGGGCUACUUUUCCAACUUCCUCGUCUCCCUGUUCCUGCUGGCGGGACUCUUUCUCCGCAAGUCCAAGUACCUGCUGGGCUGGCUCUUCGUGUCCGUGCUCUUCUUUUUCCCGGAAUGCGGACUGGCGCUCUUCAUGAGCCUCCAGCACUGGGUAGGUACAUGCAGUCGCGGAAUUCUGUUUUGUGGGAGCGCUGUGGUUUGUUCACGGUGCUCGCGCGUCCGCUUCCCACCCGCGCAGAAGCUGAACAGCAAGGGCAUCACGGAGCUGGCCUUCUACAUCGUCCGAGCCGUGGUGAACGUGGUGUGCAUCGUGUGCGUGCAGUCGCUGUACACGCAGUGGAAACAAGAGAAGGCCGUCAUGAGGAGGCUGCAAAACCUCAAUGUGGUGACCUCGUACCGAGACCUGGGUCCGUCCAAGAGCCCGUCGAGCUCGGGCGCCCACGCAAAUGGCACCAGCAUCUCGUCCCGGGCGCGGUUCCUGGCCGACACCGAGCCCACGUACAUCGUGGCCCACAACUCCGCGCUCAAGCGGAGCAGCUCGUCUGUCUCGGGUCUGGUGAGCCGGAGCGGCCGGAUCAGCAACGGCGGCUCGUUCGGCCCGUCCUCCUUCGGCAAUGGGGCCUUCUGCAACGGCGCCUCCAACGGGGUCCUGGGACCGGGAAGCCCGGACUUCUACGCGCCCAACCCGGCCCUCUGGGGUCCCGGUCCCAGGUCCGAGUUCGACGCGUCCUCGUUCGCGGACUUUGUGGCCCGCGGCGCGGCGGGCGCGGCCAACGGCGGCGUGGUGCUCAGCGACUACAACCUCUCCAAGUCUACGUCUGACCUGCACCGCGAGCCCUGCUGGACAACGGGGGCAGGGACGUCCGUGGUAGACUACGCCACGCAGAGUUUGGACAGGCCCAAGUUCAGGAAACAAGGCCGGAACCGAUGGUCGUCGCUGGAGGAACUUGACGUCAGGGGCUUUGGGGACGUGACCCUGGAGCGGUUGCCUGAGCGGCCCUUCCAGUACCUAGACAGACCGGGCUCCGUGCUCAGGAUCGGGGACUCGGACACGAGCUCCAGCCACAGCAUCCGAGACAUUGCGCUCUGACAGCCGCUGGUGCGCGGGAGUCUGUCCCUUGCCGUUCGCCUGCAUGCCAUCCUCGAAGACAAGAGCACGCGGGACUGAAGUGUCUCCGUCCAGACGCAACUCUCAGUUGCGGGGAGCGGUAUGCCUUGCUGUCUUGCACUGUCCUCAGAGGGCUGCUCAUAUAGCCGGAACAAUCUCGACGAUGAUGUCGGAAUGUGCUUACCAGAAACCAGCCGCUAAAGGGUGCUUUAGUAUACAUCGUGACUCAGCAUCGUUCUCAACAUUAGAAAGCAUUUAAGGAAACUUUUUUUCGCGUUACCGAAGCAAUAUCGUACGAUCGGUGCAAGACGCUGUCUGGCCUGCUACUGCGAUAUACCUUCCCCAAAACUUCGUUGCUGAGAGCGUAUAGCGCACAGAGGCAAGCGGGUAGCCCCAUAGGCGCCGACUACGAGAGGGCACGGAGGCUCGAGUUUCGCUCCCCCCGCCGGCGGCGGAUUCCAACUUCCUCACGGAGUAAAACCAUAGAGCAAAUCCAGGGCCCAGCUUGGCCUAUUCGAGCGUCCCGUUCCUUCACAAACAGGAGAGGAGACGACGGUGACCCUUUCGUGCCGACAAUUCCCCCCGGAAGGGGGGAACCGUCGGCACCCCCCCAAGGGAAUUGUAAACUUUUUGCCUGUGGGUAGCCCGUCAUCAUCGCUCUGAAAUCGGUUGGGUAUGUUUCCCAAUCGAUCUUGGUCGUAUUGAUGGCUGGGAAACGGAUAUCAGAAACUCUGUCUGUGUUCCCAUUCCUGAAUUUGAGCCUUUUAGUAGAUCGUUCCGAUAACGAGACCCGAUACUUUUCCGGUGCCUUUGCGCAUGCAUGGUAUCGUUAUCGGGUAUUGUUAUCAGAAAUCUCGGAACGUUCUACUAAAACUCCCUAUUUAUAUGACGGUUUCCGAGUCGGGAGUGGAUAGGUCGCCCUGACGAUUGGGGAAGGCGUUUUUGCAAUAGAGCUUUAGUAGAUCGUUCUGAUACAUCCGGUAACGGUACCCGAUAACGAUACUAUGCAUGCGGAAAGGUGGCGUAUCGGUAUCGGAGUCAUCGGAAGGAUCUACCAAAACUCCCCAGUGAGCUGCCGCACUGCCGCCCACCAUGCCGCCAUUUGCUUUGACGUUUUAACGCCGUGUGCCAACUUCACGUGUGAAAACCUUUUUGUAAAAUCUAGAUUUUAACAAUCCGGACCGCGAGGUGGACGUCCGAUUUUAAAAAUCCUUCAGCGAAAAAGAAGGACGACGAGGAUCGCCAGCGGUGCAGCCGAAUCUUUCUAUCCCAGUGCCUUUUUAUCCCGACGCCUCCUCCGACGCGGUCAUUUUUUUACUCGAGGAAAAUAAAACUAUUUUUCUAUUAAUAAAGGGACCGUCGUGUCCGAUUACGUUCUUGA